GCGUCUGUAUUUAGCGUCCGACGAUACAAGCGGACGGUAAAUUUAAAAUUAGCGUCCGGUUUAAGACAGAUGCAAAUUAACGUCCGCUUUCUGAAAUUUAGCGUCCGUUCUUUUAGACUGACGCUAAUUAGCUUUCGUGUAAUUAAAAUACCGUCCGUUGUACGGACGCUAAAUAAGAGGUAUAAAAAAAAAACUCCGGUCGACCAAACUAUCAACCCUAAGUUCCUAACCCACGCCUCUCUCUUCCUCACUCUCAAGUCUCAUCUCACGUUUCUCUCUCUUCUUCACUCUCAUCUCACAUUUUGGUGCUCUCUCUUUCUUGCAGAUCUCACGAAAUCAGGUAUUUGUACUCAGAUUUAACUAAUAAAUUUGUUUUUUUAGUUUUGAUUGUUGAUUAUGUAGUUUAUUUUCUCGAUUUUCUUUGCUUUUUUAAUUUCGUUUUGCGUUUUCUUGUUCUUGGUUUUUUGGUUUUUUCUAGAUCUGAAUUCCCUAAGAUUUUUUAAUUUUUGUUGUUUUUCGAUUUUUCUUUAUUUUUUUGAGUUUUCUGUUUUAUGAGAUUUUGAUUUUGUGUGUUUAUAUUUUCGAUUUGGUUAUUCAAUUUUUCAAUUUCGCGAUUUUGGGUGUUGUUUCCAGAUCUGGUUUUUGGGCAUGAUUUUUCGUUUUUUUUGGGCAUGAAUUUUCGUCUUAUUUGGAAAUCAGUUUUUCGUUUUUUUUUUCGUUCUUCUCUGAUUGAUAUUCGGAUCAAACAUAAAAUUUUGAUUAAUUACCCACAAAACAUUCAUCAGAAAUAAUUUCAGCAGAGAAGCAUUCUUGAUGUGUUUGAAGUACGAGAAGCAUUCUAUUUUGUUGAAAUGAAAACCCUGAUUGCAGAGUCUUGAUCUUACUUUCACUUACAAAAUUUGGUAGUCUUAUGCUAAAGAUAUUUUCUUUUCUCAUUGACAGAGUGUAAUUAUGCGAAGGGUAGAUGGGUUGUAGAUAACAGACGACCAUUGUAUUCUGGCUAAAAAUGCAAGCACUGGCUAUCAGAGAUGUGGGCUUAUAGAUGGCAACCAGCAAAUUGUGAUAUGCCAGACUUUGAAAGAUCUUCAUUUUUGAAAAGGAAGAUGGAGAAGUUUGCUUCAUCUGCUGGCAAGAGAAAGCAGGAGAAUGAUGGGUGGUUUAAGUAUGAUUACGAGAGAUUUGUCGAUGUAUCGAAGAGAGUAAUGCAGGGAAGAUCGCGCCCACAGCAACAACAAGUUGUUAGGGAAGUACUAUUGUCUAUGCUCCCUCCUGGUGCCCCAGCUCAGGUCUCUCUUUUCUGAUCUAUUUUACUUUACCUUUGAAUUUGCUUAAAUGAUACAAGUAAUUUAUAAUUGGAUGUUUAGCACAAAUUUACUGAAAGAAACACUGAGGACUUUCUGAUUGAUUAUGUGCAGUUCAGAAUGAU